AUGUUGACUACGGAGGGGAGAGAACCCAACACCACGGAAUAUUACGCCAAACUACCCAUAAAUGUCCCCUCCAAUGUCUCGCCGACCUCUGCGCCUCAUCUCCAGCCUACAAUUGGUCUCAUCGGAAUGGGUGCGAUGGGAAGGAUGUACGCGAAACAUUUGAGACAGGCGGGAUGGUCCAGGAUUCAUGUUUGCGACGUCCCAGAGAAGUAUGAGGAACUGAAGGAGGAGUACUCAAACGCGGAAAACAUAUACGUGAUGCGCGACGGACAUGCUGUAGCGCGCUCCUCCGACUUUAUCAUCUAUUCUGUCGAAGCAGAGUUCAUUGAACGCGUCGUUGCUCAGUAUGGACCUUCCACGAAGAUGUACGCCGUGGUGGCAGGCCAAACGUCGGUGAAGGCUCCAGAAAAAGUCGCGUUUGAGAAGCACCUACCUCUCGACGUCCACAUUGUCUCGUGCCAUUCUCUUCAUGGACCAGGUGUCAGUCCUUUGGGUCAGCCGCUCGUCAUCAUCCAACAUCGUGGUUCAGACGAAGCGAAAGAACUCGUCGAGAACAUCCUUCGGCCUCUUGGCUCGCGCCAUGUCCACCUCUCCUACGAAGAACACGAUCUCGUCACCGCAAAUACGCAAGCAGUUACCCACGCCGCCUUCCUCAGCAUGGGCACCGCUUGGGCUUCCGCGCAGUCUUACCCUUGGGAGCAAGGACUCUACGUGGGCGGGAUCGAGACGGCCAAAGUCAACAUCGCACUGCGGAUCUAUAGCAACGCGUGGCACGUCUACGCCGGGCUGGCAAUCCUCAACCCGGAUGCACGGACACAGAUCGAUCGCUAUGCCGCCAGUGCGACGGAGCUGUUCAAGCUGAUGCUCGAGGGAGGAGGUGGAGGCGAGGAGGAGCGGCGUCGGUUCAGGGAGCGUGUCAAGUGGGGUCAAAAGAUCGUCUUUGGCGACGUGGACGAUGACAGCAAGCGCAAGCGCCGCCCGAUCCUGCUCUCUGAGGGCAUUCUGGACAAGUUUAGCCUCGGCACACCGGCACCUCUCGAGACGCCUCCCUCUCCCAUGCUUCCCUCGAGUGAAAUCCAAGCAUCGUCCUCUACCUCUUCCACCGAACCACCAACGAAAUAUCGUCCAAACUCCCAUCUCUCGCUACUCGCCAUGGUCGACUGCUGGGCCCACCUCUCCAUCAAUCCUUACACCCACUUGUCGCUUGCAGCUACCCCAAUCUUCCGACUGUUCCUUGGUGUGGCCGAGUACCUCUUCCUCUCGCCCACCUUGCUCUCUGCGUCUAUCCACUCAGCCUUGUUUGACACCUGGCAUCGGGCUGACGACCUGGAGUUCGUGGUGGCUGCGCGAGGAUGGAGCCAGUGCGUGAGCUUCAGGAGCUUCGAGGUGUAUCGGCGACGAUUCGAAAAGACUAGGGCGUUCUUUGAGGGCCGGUUCGAAGAGGCCGGCCGCGUCGGAAGCGCGAUGAUUAAGGCGAUCAUGGAGAGCGAGGUCCAGCGAGAGGAAGAAGAACGACUGGGCUAG